AUGGUUACAGCACUGCUCACCUUCCCUUCUGCACCCCCUAACCCAACAACCCCCCAAUCCCCCACCGUUUUCCACCUCUCCUCCCUCUCCCUUACCGCAGCUUCAGCUACUCCAGCCACGCUGGCAGCGGUGCAGCGCGGGGACGACCUGCUGUACCCGCAGACCACCGCCUCCUCGCGCUUCCUGCGCCUCCCCUCCACUGCUUGGGCCACUGCUGGCGGCGCAGAUGCUGCGGGAGAGGAUGUUGUGAUUGGCGUGGUGGAUAGUGGCGUCUGGCCCGAGCAUGACAGCUUCAGUAGCAAGGACGUGGUGAUUGGCGUGGUGGAUAGUGGCAUCUGGCCCGAGCAUGACAGCUUCAGUAGCAAGGGAGACUGGGCGGGCGAGAACGUGGUGACUGGCGUGGCGGAUAGUGGUAUCUGGCCUGAGUGGCUGUGGAUAGAUAGGAACCAGGCGUUCACAGCAGCCGUGAAUGGCGGUUGUGCCUUGACCCUUGCAUUGAGCACAGGGGGUCGUGCGGGGGACCUGUACGGGGGGCAGCCGGUGGACUUCAAGGGCGUGUGCACGGUGACCUCGGACUUCCCCGCGUGCAACACCAAGGUGCUGGGCGCGCGCUACCUCUACCAGGGCCUCCUCAAGUCCGGCCGCCCCAUCGACCUCACUGUUGACUACCUCUCUCCGAGAGACGUGCUCGGCCAUGGCUCCUGGUGUGCGGGAGCAGCAGCGGGCAACCGGUACAUCAAGGCAGUGGGCGGCCCGUUCACCCGCCACCUGGGCGCAGCCAGCGGCAUGGCACCGCGCGCACGCAUCGCCGUGUACAAGGUCGUGUGGCGCACACAGCUCGUGCCAGGAGUCAGCGGCGUGGACAGGCCAGGGGGAGUGGCAUCACUGGUGGACGUGGAAGCAGCAGUGGACUUCGCCAUUCAGGAUAACAUCGAUGUGCUGCUCGUGCCGCUCAGCGCUGGGUUCAGCCCCACCGCAUCCUACUUCGACCAUGUGCCCUACCUCAACGCCUUUGAGGGUGGAGUGACGGUGGUGAAGCCAGCGGGUAACCGUGGGCUCAUGCUGGGGGUGCGCACCAUUGAGAACUACUCGCCCUUCUACCUCACUGUCGGCGCCAGGCGCCAGCAUGCGUCAGUAGCAGCCCUGGCGAGCACAGUGGAGGGCGUGCGGCUCACAGGCGACUGGUCGCGCGCGCAGUUCCACCCCAUGGCACCCGCUGCCUCUGCUGCUCUCUCCGCUGCUGCCAGAAAGAAGGCAUCCCAGUGCAUGCCCGGGUCACUCAACCCGCUGCUGGCGCUAGGCAAGGUGCUGGUGUGCGGCCCUGGAGGCACCACCCCACAAAAGAAGAUCGCUGCUGCGGCCAGAGCAGGGGCACGGGGCGUCGUGCUCACUUCUGCCGAUGCUGACGGAGGGGAGGAGGAUGAGGAUGAAGGGGGCGGGGGUGUGGAGGUGGGAAUGGGGGAAGACAGGGGUAGUGGGGAGGGGAGUGGGAGUGGUGGGUUGGGCGGUGAGGGUGGUGGGGCGAGUGGUGGGGCGAAUGGGGCAAAUUCAACCGGAGGUGGGUCGGGAGACAGCCUUCGAGGACGAAGCACAGUGGAGGCUGUUGGGGGAGCAGCUGGAGGGGCAAGAGACAUGGCCGCAGCAGGAGGCGGCUUGCCUGUGAUGGAGCUAAAUGCAGAGACGUCAGCACUGCUUGGCAUACGACUGCAAGGACUCAUCAACCUCUUCAGCCCGUUGCUCUGGUUACGUUUCCUCCAACCUCUCCGCCCGCCCGUCAUCGACUCCACCUCUUCCACCGGCCCGGUAGCCCUCCCCCUCGCGCGCCCAGGAGGCUCGCAGCCCACCAACGACCUCUUAAAGCCCGACCUCAUCGCGCCCGGUGUCAUGCUGUGGGCCGCCGCUCCUGGCGGUGCCCGCACCAACCGCUUCCGCCGCCUCUCUGGCACCUCCAUGGCUGCUGCUCACGUGGCGGGCGUGCUAGCGCUCGUGAUCCAGGAGAACCCCACCUGGCUACCCGGGAGAGUCAUGUCUGCUGUCUUAACCACGGCGAAGCCCACGAAUGUGUAUGGCCGGCCGAUAAGGCUGUGGAACGGGCUUCAGGCGGAUCCUUGGAUGAUGGGGUCUGGCCAUGUGAACCCCUCCAAGGUGCUCAAUCCUGGCCUCUCAUUUGACCUCCUAGCCGCAGAUUUCAAGAACUUGCUCGCCGGGCAGAACCCGAAACGGACGGCCAAGAUCUUCCCGACGGCGACUCUGGAGCCGAUCGAUGCGAUCCAGCUGAACCGGCCGUCCAUCGCCAUCUCGCACUGUGCUGGGACCGUGACGGUGGCACGGACUGUUACCAACGUGGGCACCUUUCCCGCUACCUUUGUUGCCAAGGUGAAGCCUCCAUUUCUGACGAUUGUUGAGGUGGUGCCUCCGAGAAUCACGCUGUCUCCUGGCGACUCGUACCGCUUCCUUGUCAGCAUCUCGGGGUUGGUUCCACGCCCCAGAUGGAAUUUCGUGUAUGGGGCUAUUGUGUUUAAGGAUAACUAUGGGCGCAAAGUGCGGAUUCCUAUUACUGUGCAGCCCUCGUUAUUGUAA